AGGUCAACAGUGACGGAUUACAGCAGACAGCAGAGAAGACUCGCUGACGGAACCGAGUGCACGACUGGACCCAUAACUUUGCUGUCAACAUGUCAAAGGUAUUUAAGAAGACCAGCGGACACGGACAUAUUGCCCUGUACUUGGCAAAGAGAGACUUUGUGGACCAUGUGAAUUCAGUGGAAGUAGUUGACGGUGUUGUCAAAGUGGACCCUGCUGGUCUUAAUGGCAGAAAAGUGUUUGUCUACCUUGCUUGUGCCUUCCGCUACGGAAGCGAUGACUUGGAUGUUAUCGGGCUGUCCUUCAGGAGAGACAUCUGGAUACAGCGUGUCCAGGUGUAUCCCCCUACAGAUGCAAAUGUUGCCAAAACACCACUGCUGGAGUCCCUAAUAAAGAAAGUCGGAGAGCAGGCAUGCCCCUUUGCCUUCCAGAUGCCAACAGACCUCCCGUGCUCUGUCUCCCUACAGCCCGGGCCAGGUGAUGCUGGCAAGGCUUGUGGUGUAGACUUUGAGGUUAAAGCAUAUAUUGCAAACGCAAUCAACAACGCAGAUGAAGUCAUUGAAAAGAAGGACACGUGUCGUCUGAUGAUUCGCAAAAUACAGUUUGCCCCAGCUAACAACAAGGCCGGACCCAAGGCUGACAUAUCCAAGCAGUUUAUGAUGAGUGACAAACCUGUGCACUUGGAGGCCUCCCUUGAGAAAGAGAUUUACUACCACGGAGAUCCAAUCAGCAUCAGUGUAAAAAUCAACAACGAAACCACAAAGGUUGUGAAGAAAAUUAAAGUCACAGUUGAGCAGCUAACAAAUGUGGUGCUCUACUCAUCUGACACCUACACCAAGCCAGUCUGCACUGAGGAGUUUGGGGAGACAAUUAACGCCAAUGCUACAUUUGAGAAGAACUUCACAAUAACCCCCAUGCUGGCCAACAACAAAGAGAAGCGUGGUCUUGCAGUGGACGGACGGCUAAAAGACGAGGACACCAACCUUGCAUCUACCACCCUGAGUCAAGGAGAUAAGGAGAUGCAGGGAAUCCUCGUUUCCUAUAAAGUCAAGGUCAAUCUGAUGGUGUCCGGCGGAGGCCUUCUGGGUGGCCUAACGGCAAGUGAUGUCACUGUGGAGCUUCCUCUGACUCUGAUGUCCCCAAAACCUGCAGGUGAGUGAUCUGUUUUGCUAUUUAAAUGCUUCCUGAAACAUUAGACCUAAACAAAAAAAGUUAAUAAAUGAACAUGUUUUAUUUAAUGUCCUUCCCUUCUAUCCCUUUUUCUGCAUGUCAUUGCUGGAUUGUGAGCAGAAGUGUAAGUAUUAGUCUCUAUUAAUACUUUAGUAUUAAUAGAUUAAUAGUAUUUAGUACUUAUAGUACUUUUCAUAGCAUCUCUAUGAAAAGGUAUAUAU